GGUUUAGCUCGGUCGCCAGUCGCCACAUUGGGGGAUUGUACUGGCUUGUUAUGGAAAGCUCUGGAAGUUUCCAUGCAGUUUAUAUUGACAAUAUCUCGGGUACAUUUCGUAGUCGAAGCGAUUGAGCGAGGGCUCACGUCUCCUCCGUACAGUUUGUACAUGUGAAUGGACUGACUGCCGGGCGGUCAGCAUGGGGAAAGACUACUACGACAUUUUGGGCAUUAAGAAAGAUGCCUCUGAAGACGAAAUAAAGAAAGCUUAUCGUAAGCAGGCUCUACGAUACCACCCUGACAAGAACAAGUCCCCAGGAGCGGAAGAUAAAUUUAAGGAAAUCGCUGAAGCUUACGAUGUUCUGAGCGACCCAAAGAAAAAGGACAUUUACGACCGCUUCGGGGAAGAAGGUCUAAAAGGCAGCGGGCCGUCAGGCGGCGGCGGUGGUCCAGGCAACUUUAGCUACACCUUCCAAGGUGACCCACAUGUGAUCUUUUCAGAGUUUUUCGGUGGACGAAAUCCUUUUGAGCAGUUCUUUGGUGGGCGCAAUGGCGGCAUGGAUGAGGAAAUGGACACUGAUGACCCUUUUGCCCGCUUCGGAAUGGGUGGAAGUGGCUUCCCUCGCUCCUUCAGCUCUGGUAUGGGAGGGUUUGGCGGUCACAGUAGCGUUGUGAAGAAGCAACAAGACCCCCCUGUGGUGCACGAUCUGGGCGUGACUUUGGAGGAAGUGCUCACCGGUUGCACAAAGAGAAUGAAGAUCUCUCGCAAAAGGUUGAACCCUGAUGGGCGAUCACUGAGAAGAGAAGAUAAAAUCCUGGAGGUGCAGAUAAAGAAGGGAUGGAAAGAAGGCACUAAAAUCACUUUUCCCAAAGAGGGGGAUGAAACCCCAACAAACAUUCCAGCUGAUGUGGUCUUUGUGUUGAAGGACAAACCACACGCUGUGUUCAAGCGUGACAACUCUGACAUCAUUUACAUAGCCAAGAUCUCACUCGGAGAAGCGUUGUGUGGCUCCACAGUCAACACGCCCACACUGGAAGGCAGAGUGGUCCCAGUGACGACAACAGACGUGGUGCAGCCCGGCAUGAAGAGGCGCAUCAGCGGCGAGGGCUUGCCUUAUCCCAAGCGCCCAGACCGCAGAGGCGACCUCAUCGUGGAAUAUGAGGUCAAGUUCCCUGAGCGUCUCAGUCAGAGUGCCCGGGACACGAUCGCUCAGGUUCUCCCUCGGUCGUAAAAUGGACUUAAAAUUAACUAACUCCUCCUUAAUAUGCCAAUUGUAUUUUAUUUCUUUGUCUUCACUACAUGGGAGACAAUACAUAAGGGACGUCCUGCAUAUGCCACAUUGAAACCGGUACUGUAAUAUAUUGCAGACUGUUUUUGUAAAUAUAACCAGUUCUGUUUGUUGUUUAGUUUUAUUAAUGGAAUUAUAUUUUGAAAACAUAUACAGUAUAUGGAUAAGGGGACUGGAGUAAGAUGUUGUAUUAACAGCAAUAAAAGGUUCAGAAGACUUUA